CGUGCAUGUAGGAUACUCAACAGAAAACAACGUCCUGGAAGUCUGGAGGCGCGUCUUCUGCGGCAUCCAGAUUACUCCCAUCUGGUGCAAACCCGGUGCGCGCCGCUGCUGCGUCUUAUUCCAGGACUAAUUUCAGUCAGCGCUUUGAACCCCGAGCGCACUGCGCUGUGGCGGAGUGUAAGUGAGUGCGUUUAGUUCGCUCUGGGAGCCUGAAUACGGUUUAUACUUUAACAACGCCAAACACAACAAAGUAUUUUGGCCAUUUCUGUUCAGCAAGAGGACUUAGAAGUAGGAUCGCACCAUGGAUACGGUCGGCGACUCUAUCGGAGAAAGUAAGCCGGUGUGCCAGUGUACCCCCAAGUCCCGGAGCCAGCGAUGGGUGCCAGGUUUCCCCAUCGCUCUGUGCUUGCUGAUGUCGAUGAGCUCCAUCACCGUGUGUCUUCUGAUGAGCUUGAAGACCUAUCAGCUGGAGAACCGACUGCAGAUGGAGUUGGACAAGGCGUCUAUCUUCCAACACCCGAACAGGGCGUUCGUAAACGAGGAUGGGACCCUACUGUCAGAGUUGAGCACCCCAAUAGGAAAGCUCGUGGAAGAGAAAGUGGUGGCUCUGACGCCAAAAGUGCGGCCAGCGAGGGAUGUUGGCCAAGAGUGCUCCUGUCCUCCAGGGCCUCCAGGAAAACGUGGAAGGAUGGGAAGAAGAGGGGAACCUGGAGAGCCUGGCAAGGCUGGACGGGAUGGAUACCCGGGUCCACUUGGCUUAGAUGGCAAACCAGGUCCACCAGGUCUGAAGGGAAGCCAGGGACCAGUCGGACCCAAGGGAGAAAAGGGUGACCAAGGAGACAUUGGGCCAAGGGGUCCUCCUAUGUACGGCACACAUGCAAGCCUGCACAGUAAUCAGAUUCUCACUGUUAAGGGUGAUCAGGGUCAGGCUGGACCUGCUGGUCCUCCCGGUCCCCCAGGUCCUCCAGGUCCCCGUGGCCCCCCUGGGAACACUGGAAAAGAUGGACCUCGUGGUCUUCCCGGAGAGCCAGGUUUUCCUGGUCGCGAUGGAGCUGAGGGGCUACAGGGACUGCCUGGGAAGCCGGGAGAAGAUGGGCAGCCUGGUUAUCCAGGACAACAGGGUCCCCCGGGGGAAAAGGGCGAGCCUGGGAGUGCAGAAAAAGGAGAGCGAGGCAUGGAUGGACUUCCAGGAUUAAAGGGUGACAAAGGAGAAAGAGGAGAGCAAGGACUACAGGGAGCCAUGGGUUUUCCUGGUGAGAAGGGCACCCCGGGCGCUUCAGACAUCAUCGACUUCAAUGGGAAGCUUCUAGAUGCUUUGCAGGGGCCACCUGGGCCACCAGGACCUCCAGGACCUCCAGGGGAAAAGGGUGAGCUUGGGUUACCUGGACCAGCAGGAGUUGACGGGGAGAAGGGAGCCAAAGGUGACAUGGGUGAGACAGGACCUCCCGGCAUGAGAGGAGAGAAAGGAGAGAUGGGUCUCUCUGGGCCUACUGGUAUGGAUGGACAGAAAGGAGAAAAAGGCGACUGCAGACUAGAUGACAACUUGGUUCAGAUGAUUUCCCAGCCAGGCCCACCUGGGCCACCAGGCCCACCGGGAGUACCUGGGCACCCUGGAUCCAUGGGGCUGCAUGGAAUGCCUGGUCCUAAGGGUGAACCAGGAGUGGGGAUAAAGGGAGAGCAGGGAAACAGUGGUCCUCCUGGAUCCAGAGGAUCAGAUGGCCUCCAAGGUCCACCUGGGUCUCCAGGCUUAGUGGGCCUUCCUGGUGCCAAGGGAGAGAAAGGAAGACUAGGAGAGCCUGGACUAGAUGGUUUCCCAGGCCUGAGGGGAGAAAAAGGUGAUCGAGGCGAAAAAGGAGACAAGGGUGACAGAGGAACAGUAGGGAAGAGAGGUCUAAAGGGCCAGAAGGGUGAACAAGGUCCUCCGGGUCUGGACCAGCCUUGUCCUGUGGGACGUGACGGGCUACCCAUACCGGGCUGCUGGCACAAGUGAUUACUAACCAGCAGCAUGGAAUCUGUAUAUAUUGAUGUGGUAUAUAUUGCAACAGAAUACUAUGCCAACAACCCCACUCCCUUUUUUCCUUUUUUAUAAAAUCCUAUUAUAUAAUAUAUUGAGACUUUGAGAACAAGGACAUUUUUGGGUCUACAGUAUUAAAAAAAAAUGUUUAAACUCGAGAUCCGGUGUUGUUGUUGUGAAAGCAUCCGUGCUUUUGAAGAAACUGACGUGACGUGGCCAUGAGACUCUUAGUUUGGAGGACAGUCCAGAUGCCAUUGUUGGAGUAGAGGAGUGCCUAACUAACAAAGUCUGCCUUGUUGCCUGAUUGUCGUGUGCGCACUCGUCCAUUCUCACAGGAUGGAUGGAUGCUUGGACGGAUGGACGUUAUUUCGUGGCGGAUGCAAGAGUGUGUUGUCAGUACUCUCUUGUCCUCUCUCUGUUUUUGUUUUGAAAGGAGGAAAUGGCAAGGCAGAAGCUCAAACGCAAGCGUCUCUCUCAGCCCUGAAACGGUGCGGGGCCCGGUUGGAGUAAGGACACGUAGACACGCAGAAAUCACAAGGGGCUGAUUUGCUUUUUGCAGCAGAGCCGGCCAUGUAAUGCCCCUGUGUCAAACCGGACUCUCACAUCCUCCGACAUGGAAUCUCUCCAAGAGGACGCAAACACUGCGUUUCCACAUUCACCUCAGAGGGAAAGAUGAACCUGCUUCUGGUGAUGUUUUGUAAAGGCUUGAGGUUUUUUGAGAGUCAAUGAUGUCACUGGCACAUAAGGAAGGAUUUACUGUGCAGAUAGUUUGAACAUGUUAUGGUGAUCUCUUAAAUUAAUCUUAAGUCAGUAAGUAAGUUUUCACUAAUGCAUGAUCAUAACAGUUUUGUAUAACAUGCUAUCAGCUUGUAUGACUUGUGGUCCCUCAUUGAAACCUCAAAGUGCAUUGAUUUUUACAUACAAUAAGCAUUUUUUAAAUGAACAAGCCACUCAGAAAUGUUAGUCCACUUUUUUACGGCUGACGUUUAUGAUGACUUGUGCCGUUUUGUUUUAUUUUGGUAUAUUUUUACCUAUCGCCAGUCUCAUUUUUCCAUUCCUGUGCAUUACCAUGAUUGUGAGAUGACUAGGUAGUGAAACUUUAAGGUCAGAUUUGAAGGAACCAUUAACAGUAUUCAUGAUAAACCAGUGUUUCAGUUGCUUGACAAAUGAUUGCCAAUCUUGAUGCAUUUUGACUGAUUGUUAUAUUUUAGUCACAGAAAGAAAGGAAAAGAUGUUUAAUUACUGCUGCCAGUCUUUCCUGGACAACAGUAGACGUCCUUGCUGCUGACUUAAAUGUUUGUUGUUUGUUAGAUAGCUUUGAAUCAAUAUUAUUCAUGGAAUGCAGGACUAACGCUCUAAAGAAGAAACCUUUAAUCAAACAUGCACACAGCAGUUGUUUUGGCGGUAGUUUCUUUUUCAUUCAGUAACAUCUCAGCACAGUAGUUCUAAAGUCUUUGCAGUCAGAUGACUUCAACUAGUUUGUUGUGGUUUUUGUAAUACAUUUUCCUCAGACUUACUCAUUUAUUGGUGCUUAAAUACUUUUGUGUACUGUUCAAAUAAAACACAGACACGCACAAAUGCACACCUUUUAAAGAACUGUAAAACAAAUGGUGAAAUGGUAAUCUGUGUUGGCUUGGACACUAUACACAGGACUGAUAAUGCAUAGGAUCAAUAUAUGCAAACAUAUACGUAUUAAUGGAAAGUGAUGUUGAAGUUGUCUACGCAUUGAUAUUUGUAAUGCAGUAUUACUAUUACUCAGUAAUGAUCUUUUUGAAAGGCAAAAUACAUUUUCAGGUUAAUCGUUUUUGGCAAUCUACAGGUUACACUGGUUAGUUGUCUUCAGUACUAUUAACCCAUCACCACAGAGGCUGCUAAACAUUUUCAACUAAUGCUGUAAUAUUUCAAAUGGAUUUUAUAUUACAACAGUACAUUUGUAAUGCUGACUUUCUUGUAAUUAUAAAUAUCUUAAUGUCCUAUAACCAGGCUCACGUUAUGUUCGAGUAUGGUUUAGGCUGCAGUUCCAGUAAUUAACAAAUUUAUUAGACUACCUGUCAUUAAAAAUCAUAAAUAUUUUAGAAAUCUCUUAAAAAUGUGUUUAAAAAUAUAAAAAAAUAUAUAUAAUGUUUGUUUAUUAGGCAAAUACAAACUGAAUUCAUGUUUUUUCUAUCCAAAUUUAAGCUGGCACACUGGACUUCUCUAAGAAGUCAGAAAUUAACGGAGCAUAACGUUAAACAACUAAAACUAAUUUUUCUGUACAAGGUAUGUAAGCAUAUAACCCUAAUCUGGAAUCUUAAUCCAGAAAUACUUACUUUUUAUUACUGUUUUUAUCUGUUUUGGGUAAAACUGUAAAUUCGAAAAUUCCUGGACAACAACAGAAAUUAUAUUUUAGUAUUAAAAAUAUUAUUUACAUAAGGUAGUUGUAUAUACUGGUGGAUUAACCGGUACAGAAGCAUAAGAAAAUGAUUUUGGUAAUGAUCAAUACUGUUAAUUUAGGGCAGCUGUGACAUAAACCUGACACCAGGUGGUAGUUUAAUAAAUUUGUUAAGCAUUCUUCCAACAGAAUAUUUCCUGUUUAAGCCUCAGAUAAGAAGCUGUAACAAACCUCAUAUCGCCUUUUGUUUAUUAUCAUUUUGCAUGAAGUCUUUUACAUUGUACCUGCAAAGUUGCAUCACUUAAAACACAAAACAAUUUCUGUAUCAGUAGAAAAAUAUGUUAACUUAAAUAACACAUACUCAAAAGACUAAAAGAAAAGGCAUUACAUUAAGCUAAAACGAACUUUCUUUGGGAAUCAUGAUCAAAUGUGUGUUGAGGUUGCAGUUAUGUAGAAUGGUUUAAUACGCAGGUUUAGGUUUUGUUUCAUUGGGAAAGCUGGUAGUUAUCUGCCACAUUACAUAUGUGUGUUGAUUUCUUUUGCAGAUUCUAUCAGUGUCUUUUUUAUGGCUAAAUGAAUAAAUGGCACCAUGUCUGGAUAGAGUUUGUUUUAGCAACUCUUUUACCACAGUGUUAGCUUAACUUUGUGAGAAUGUUUUUGUUUGCUCUUUUUUGGUUGGGUAUUUGGUUGUAAAAGAUUUAAGCUAUUUUUGUAAUUGUCUAAAAUGUAUAACAUAAAAUCUGGUAAACUAAACAUGUAGAUGGAAAUAAACCCUCUAGUUCUAUGGUUGCUUGUCAUUAAAUAUAUCCAUGUUA